GGAACGAAGGUGUCGUCUUCGGACAUUCAGUGGAGACAUCCCACAUCAGAGCAGAACCUUUCCAGGAUCUCAAGCUGGAGUCUCCCACCAGGACCCUGAGUCUGGAGGCUCCCAGAGGGGUGGAGGUCAACGCCGGGGUGGGCGACUUCAAGGCCUCCUGCCGGAAAGACCUGUUGCUCCAGUCGUCAGAAGGAGAGAUCUUUUUAGAUUCCAGCACAAUUCGUCUGGGGAACAUUCCUCACGGGACAGCGGCAGACCCGCUGCACGGGGCGCCGGGCACCACGUACCCCAAACAGACUGUGUACGAGCUGUGCGUGUGCCCAAGCGGCAAGCUCUACCUGUCCCCGGCUGAGAAGGGCUCCACCUGCCAGACGACCAGCAACGUGUGUCUGUGGAGCUGAGAGAGGGGGGGCCAGCGGACCGCUGAACACCAGAAAGGCCUUCCCCUCAUUAGGAUCCCAGUCCAGGAUACCAGGACCCCAACAGACCCUGAUCCCCAUCCAUACUGAUCCCCAUCCAUACUGAUCCCCAUCCAUCGAUAGAUUUACUUUCUUUGACAGACAUUCUUCAUUUUCUUUCUUUCUCUGUGGUCACUCUCUCUUUCUCAUCUCUCUCUUUCUCAUCUCUCUCGUUCUCAUCUCUCUCUUUCUCAUCUCUCUCU